AUACAUACUUGAAACGAAUGGAAACCCGAAUGAAUAUUCAUUGACUCCUUUCUCUUUGAUGAAUUCAUGGAGAUUUAUGCGUACCCUUCCCGUUCUAAUCGCCCUUCUUCUUCUUCAUCAUCUUCCUCCUCCUCCUCCUCGCUUUCGUAUUCCUCUUUCGGGUCUCUUGUAAAUAGGGUCACAGAUUUCGUCCGAUGCGCAGCUUCCGCGGUAGUUGCGAACGUUUUAUCCGCAAUUUUCACCUUUUGUUUCGCCAUGGUUGGCACUUUGCUGGGAGCAAUGACGGGAGCUCUGAUCGGGCAAGAGACAGAGAGCGGGUUCAUUAGAGGUGCAUCAGUAGGGGCAAUCUCCGGGGCAGUUUUCUCGAUCGAGGUUUUUGAAUCGUCACUGCUUUUAUGGCAAUCCGACGAAUCCGGUUUGGGCUGUCUUCUCUAUUUGAUUGAUGUUAUAGCGAGCCUUCUAAGCGGUAGGCUUGUGCGCGAGCGAAUUGGUCCAGCGAUGCUUAGUGCAGUGCAAAGUCAGAUGGGAGCAGUCGAAGCGCCGUUUGAGGAUGUUCACAACAUUUUCGAUACUGGCGGGGCGAAAGGUUUGUUGGCGGACACAGUGGAGAAGAUCCCAAAAUUCACCAUUAGCAGAGGAGAUGGCGAUUUUGAUGGCUCGGGGGACUGUGUGUCGUGCUCUGUGUGCCUUCAGGACUUCCAGGUCGGGGAGAGUGUGCGGCGAUUGCCACAUUGCGAGCACAUGUUUCAUGUGGCGUGCAUCGACGCGUGGCUGGUGAGACACGGUUCUUGCCCGUUGUGCCGGAGGGAUCUAUGAUACUACAUACUUGUUAUUGUUCAUUCAUUGUUCCUUGUUGAUUCAUUUAUUACACGAUACGAUACGACGACAUGAGUAUGCUUGCUUGCUUGCAGCUGCUGCACGCACAGCCAGGUUUUGUUUUGUCUAUAUAGCAGUAGUUAGCAAAACCGUAUAUAUUCAUUCACAUUAAUGUAAAGAGAAUUGAGCUCAACAUUUUAUUUAGUUUGAUGCUGUGUUGGAUUUAUCCCACCAGUCCAUAGUGGCUCUUUAAUUAAUAAAUAAAUAAAUGGUGGUAGAUGUCA